UUUUCCUUCAAUUAAAGAAGGGUUGGGGAGUGCAGGUUCCUUAACUCCCGUAGAAGAAAGCAAAUAAAAUUAAAGGUAAACAACAGAAAAUAUAUUACAACUUUUUUAGGCUGUACGAUAUAUAAAAUUAACAUGAACGUCAAUGUGAGGGAGUCUUCAUGUUUUGGUAAGGUUGAGUUUACUGUGGAUGAAACUGAAACAAUACAGAAGGUUUUAAGACAAAGACUAGGACCAGAAUUUAUAAGUCAACGAUUAGGGGCUGCAGGAUUGAAACUUGCUUACAUUGAGGGCUGGAAAUUAAUUAAUUUAGCCAAUGAGACAUUUGGCUUUAAUGGAUGGUCUCACAGUGUUUCUAAUCAAACUGUAGAUUUUGUUGAUCACAUAAAUGGGAAAUUCUAUGUUGGUGUGAGUGCGCUUGUCAAAGUUCAGUUGAAGGAUGGUGUCUUUCAUGAAGAUGUUGGAUAUGGUGUUAGCGAAGGAAUGAAAUCAAAAGCUCUAUCUUUAGAAAAAGCAAGGAAAGAAGCAGUGACAGAUGGACUAAAGAGAGCAUUAAAAAGUUUUGGAAAUAGUUUGGGAAACUGCCUUGGGGAUAAAGAUUAUCUUAAAUGGAUAAACAAAGCAACUAAGCCUCCAUCAGAAGUUUACUCUGGGGAUGAUAUGAAGCACUCUGUUGAGGAUCCAUCCAUAGUUAAUGCCAGAUUAUCCAGGAAAAGUUUUACAAGCAAAGAAGUAAUAUCCUCCACAACAUUUAGUAGUAACCAAACACCUUUAUCCAGUUCAAGUCUGCCACAGCAUGUAGUUGAGCCUAAAAUCUCAGUAAAAUCAGCAGCUGAUAGUAAAAUAUCUCUAAAGCAAACAGCUGAUUUCAAAUCAGAAACUCCAGUAAAGCCAGUAAUAACAGUAGCUGAUAGCAAAGUGCCUCUAAGACAAGCAGCUGAUUUGAAAGUAGAAACACCAGAAGAUACACUUAUUGCCUUAAAAGGUUCCACCAGUUUCCUUCCUGUAGAUUCCUCUACAAAAAAUAUUUCUUAUAGUUCACCUGACAAUAUAGAUCCAGCAAAAAAAGAGCGACUGAUGAAAGUGGAACAAAAGAAGAGAGCACUACAAGCAGCUCUAGAAAAACAAAGUAUUCCAAAAGUGACUCCAACUGAAAAGGAAGUUUUAAUUGGAGAAGACAAUUUUGAAGAAAUUGAGGUAUGGAGUCAGGCAACAUAUGCUAAUGACCUAGGUGUAAUAGACCACUUAACAUCCACCAGUAAUACAGAUACCAAAAAAAGACGUUUAGAAGAAGGAUCAAAUAGCUGAAAUCCAAAACUUGAAUAGAAUAUUCUACAGGUGUCAUUUUCAAAUUACUUAUUGUAUAUAUGAGCAACUUUAACUGUAUUUGUAAUAUAAAAUUUUUAUUUUAACGUUAUUGAAUCUAUUGAUUAGCAUUUUGAAUCUUAAUUUAUUUACACAGUUUUUCUUUUAAAUUUAACAGCUUAGUUUUAAAUUGAAUGUGUAAUAGUUUUACUAUUUACAUUUUUCUGUACCAUGAAUUACAAGUUUGACUGACUAAACCAAGCUGUGAACACAAUUAAAAAUAAUAAUUAGUUGGUCGCAUGAUUUUUGGAAGAGAAACAAAUGAAAUUCAAAGUCAAAAGAUGCCCCUGAGACUAAUAUAAGAAAAAAUAUGUCAUGUUUACAAUGUCAUAUACAUUUUUUUACACUGCAUGUUUUAUAUCAAAUUGUUCUAAAUUUGAAAAAAUAAAAAUGUAGUUACAUUUUUAUGAGUUACUUGAUGACAUGUCUGAGAAAUUAAAUAAUACCUUAAUAACUAUAACAGAUGGAAUCAGGGAUAAAGGUAAUUAUUUUGUUUUUUAGUAGCCAAAUCAUUCUGAGCUAUAUGUGUAUAUAAGAAGUAGGAGCAAUGGUGAUCAAAAUAGAAACUAUCUUGUAUAUAAUUAUCCAUUACAGAUGCCAAUACUAGUCACAAAUUCUAAUCUUUCAAGUCUUUCAUAGAAUUUAUAAAGAA